AUGACACUCUUUGAGGAUGACAAUUGUUUGUCACGAUUCUGGGCUAACUCGCAAGAAAGAAGAGCAGAUUCCCCACAUCGUUUCGCUGCAGGCGGUUUUCUGCCUCAAGCUCUUCUCAAAGCCAGGCUCGGCGCAAACUGUGCAAACUCGGCCAGCAGUGGCAGUCGGCUGAAGUCCAUCACCACUUUCAUUCCUCCACCAAAGCCUCCUCAAUCGGUCCAGUUGAGGAAGGGUUGUUGGAUUGCAACGUCAGACUCACUAAAUAGAGCUCGCUUCAUUUACUGGCGUCCUUCUACCACAUACAGAUUGGCGAAAUGGCGAGUUGGAACGUGGACGUUAAGCGAUUGGGGUCUCCAUAGUCGGUGGAGUUCGUCAAAACUUGAUUACUGGAAACUUUAG